AUGACAAUUAGGGGCAGGUCCCAAUGGCCCAAGGUAAAUCCUGGAUUUGAUAUGAUCCCUCCAAAGCUUACCAAGAGUGCUGGACGUCCAAGAACUAGGUGGAUAAAGAAUUACACCGAAGGUGGAACUGGCAAAAAACAUACAUGCAAAAGGUGUGGAGCAUUAGGUCAUCUUCGAAAGACAUGCAAGGAGCCAGAGAUUGAAAGUGACGUGGACCGAGAUGCUACUCCUCCUCCACAGAAAAAAAUCAAAGGUUGA